AUGGCUUCCUUAAAUGACAGACUCAAAAGCCGCUCAGAGUUUCAUAUAUUACAUAAGGAUGCAAUAGACGCUGAGCUCGAGGAAGCAGGCUAUGACGACUCCAAUGCAUUCUGGCACAAAGCCCGGUUAUUCACGAGAACCAUUGCUAGUCGAUACGCACAAACUGGGCUUACUCAUCCUAUAGAGCUGUACGAGUACGACCUCCGCGAGCUAUGGUAUAUGUGCGUACAAGGAGCCAGACUUAUAGCUGCAGACCACCCUGCGCAAGACAGAUUGGUGAGCCAAGUGCUACAUACAAGGGAGAUGGGUGUUCUUUCUCGGAAGAUUGUGGAUUCAAAGGAGAAGAGGGAUGAUCCAGAGAUGGAAAUAGCAACUACCUCCGAUGGUAACAUAUGGAGCGAUCUUCCUUUCCUCGUGGAAGAAAUACGAGCAGCAUGGGCUAUCUCCACAAGCAUCCCUGCCGCCCAGCGCCACAACCUAAGUGCUUUCGUCGCCCGACUCGCCUCUGUUGGAGUUCGUGAUCCUGAGUUGUGCCUGGUUGCGAUUUGGAUCCUGCGUGAUACCCUUGAGACCCCGCGGCCGUUGACAAGUGGAGCAGAAGCUACUAGCCACGAUUCUGAGAAACGCCUGACUACUAUUGCGGACCUUCUACCCGCCGCAAUAGUGUGGUUUCAGUACUGCGGCCACAAAAUCGAAACCCUCUGCAUUCUGAAUCAGAAUUUCGAAUCCGGUCUUUCAGAAACGGGGGAGUUGGCCAAAAACGCACAGAUUAUGCCCAAUUCGGGAUUUAGUGCAGCCAGGUGGAUAUUUUGGAGGGAUAGGCUUGAAGAGAUCAGUCGUUGUGGGAAUGAAGAGGUCGCACCGCUGGCAUCGAAAGCAUGGAAAACGAUGAAGUUCUGGGGUGAAAGAAUUGAGUCUAUAGAUGGCACCAAGCAGGACAUGGAGUGGUAUUAUAAGAGAAAGCAGUGA